UGUUAACACGGCCAACCUCGGAAAAGGAACUUUGACCCACGCUGACAAGCAACCCUCUGGCACCGUGCGAGUGGAGGACCACGGCCGCCUGGAAUGGUGCGGCGAGGGGCAAGGAGGAGGGAACGGCACGGUAGACUUGCCGGGCAUGAACAGCACCCUCGUCUUCAGUGGCGGCGGCUUCGUCUUCGGCGGGAGUUCGAGCGUGACCGGCGAAGGCGUUCUGGAGUUCUCGGCGGGCACAGGGCAUGAGUUGCCGAAGGGGGGGCAGGAAGUGUCCCCACUGGUGAAAGUGUCUGGUCACGGCGUGGUAACUUUCGCCGGGACUUAUCUGCUGCUAGGGAGGGGUGUCACUGUUGCGGUGAGCCUCGGCGCUUGA